GAGAGGAAAAAAAGUUUAUUCUGGGCGGAUAGAAGAGGUUGGGAGCGCGGAGAGCAGAGGGAGAGAAAGGGGGAGGGUGGGGAAAUGGACAUCGAGGCUGCCGCCGCUACUGCUUGGAGGUGAUUUCGACUUUUCUUUGCUGGGUUUUGAAAAGUGACCAGCGAAUUUCUCUAGCCGCUUUGAGCGCAGCCGGCAGCAUGACGGUGAGUUGCCACUUUCUGGCUUGGUUUCCUUCCACCGUAUUCGUGCAGUUGUUUCUGUUAAGGGGCUGGAGGGCAAGGACAGGUAGGCAGCUACUCCUCGGCCACAAGAUCCGGAUUCCUGCUUGGCGCGGGGCGGGGGGGGGCUUCCUCUUGCGGCAGAAGAGGGGUGCUGGAUUCCGUGCCAGUCUGACGCCCCUUUUUUCCGCCUACCCUCCCGUUCGUAAAGGUUUCCGGGCUAGACCUCCAUCACACCCCCGGGGCUAACGUGCCCCUUUAUAGGCCCAGAGUUUCCUCAACGCUGCUGUUGUGCCGAGGCUGGCAGGAUUCACACGUUCGAACACGGGCGUGGAGUACGAAGUGUUGCCGUGUUCCAGGGCCGUUAGAGACUAGAGAGAGAGCACGAUACAUUUUUAUUUUUUUAAGAUCACCUUCCGCUUGGAUAGGCGCGUGCCAGUUCUGAGUUCAAAACAGGGCUACUGCGGAAAGAGUUCUGUGUUAACGGGAUAGGUCUCCAUUUUUAUUUUAAUAUUAUAUAUUCUCUCCAUUCCAAAAAGCGGGGUUAGGAAGCAAGCGAUCUUCCUCGAUGGACUCUGUUCCCACCCCUAAAAUCGCCUCUGGAGAGCAGGCGUGUAUGUAACCAGGAAGAACUGCUGUCUCUGCGGCCGGGUUAGGGAAAUGUUUCCCUGUCCGAGGAGGGAUCGUUGCCUAUGGGAAGCUGCUUCCCGUCCUGGCCUUCGGAGGUGCUCCAGGAGCCAGUUUGCACAACUGCAGUCCUUCCUCCAGCCCCUUCCCUCCCCCACCCUGGCCUCCUGGGAGUGGGUGGGUGUGCUGCAAUCAUGGAAUGGAUUCACUCUCUGUUUUGGACAUGAUCAUUAUGCUGUUUUUGGAAAAGCCCCGAUUAUUUCCCUUGUUUUGGCCUGUGUCGUUUUGCUUUCUUUUGCAAUGUCAGAAAACAUUACAAAGCAGCCAAAGGAUUUAGAAAGCUCUGGGGCUGCCUCACCUUUUGGCCUUCCUGUUCUCCUCUAACUCUCCUAUCUCUUCCUCCCUGCUUCUCCUCCUACAGAGGUUUUUUAAGGGUCCAGUCCCCAUCUCCACGGCUCAUUGCAGACAGUGUCACAGAAUCACAGAGUUUGAAGGGACCAUGAGGGUCAUCUAGGGCUGGCCAACCACCUGCAAUGCAGGAAUCUUUUGCCCAAUGUGGGGCUUGAACCCACAACCCUGAGAUUGAGUUUCCUAUUCUACCUGAGUGAGGUAGAUCACAUCUGGGACAGAUAAGUGUGGUGUGUGCGUGUGUGUUCCUGAUGGGGAGAGCUAAUGGUGGGACAGCAAGAAGUCUUGGCUGCUUCUUGCAAAUGUUGGCUAUAGGUCUCUCCAGGGCUUGUUGGGAAGCAGUUGCUUGCCGCUGGGGGUGUGUAUGGCUGUGGGGGCAGGACUAUCGCUCCAUGUGCCCUGUCCAGUUUAAUGUAUACCAGCGGUGCACAAUGGCCUACCAGCUGCAUAGCUCACUUUCUGUUCUUGUAGAGCAGGUGUGGAGAAUAUCUCUGGCCCUCCAAAUGUUGCUGAACUACAAUUCCCAUCACCCUUGGCCAUCCCAGCUGGGGCUGAUGGGAGUUGUGGUCCGUGUUAGAAACUCGGAUAUAUAUAAUCUGAUUGCCAAACGGCACCUUAAACUUGGGUUACAGUUGCCACAAUGGAAUGUCUAGGUGCUUUUUUUGCAAUUGAGUUUAUUAUUAAUAAUUAUAUUAUUUCUAUAUUGCUUUAUAUUUUAAAGAGCAAAUCUCACAGCACUUUACAACACAUUAAAACAUCAGACAAAACCAUACAGAACAAAACAAAUUCAAGCUUCCAGGAAAAUAGUUCAGGUCCUUCUCGAAGUGGCCUUUUGCUUUCCCCAGUUACUAACCUGGCAUCCAGAGGAUCUCUGUGUGGUUGCAAUUGGACUUGCACCAGCCGCAAAACGCACCUGGUGCCUGGCUAAUUUCUAACACUGGAUGUGGUUCAGCAACAACUGGAGAGCCAAAGGUUCCCUGUCUCUGUUGGGGACCAAUGUCCACCAACCAGACAUUACUGAGCAGCUAUAAACAUUCCACCCCGCAAUGCCUCCAGCCAGAAUUUCCAGUGAUUAGGGGAUGAUGGAAAUUAUCAUCCAGCAACAUCUGGGGACCCAAGGAUGAGGAAGGCUGCUGCUUUUGCUGCCAGGCUUGGUCUAAUGGGAGAUUUGUCAGGAGACUCCUACGUGAAUGCUAAAGUCAAGAGGAGGCAAAAAUGAAUGAGCACAUUGGCUCCUUUCCCUUCCUCUCUCCACCUCUGUAGCCAUUGGCCUUGUAGUUUGUGUGUGGAAAAAAUGCCUGGUGCAAAUGAGGUGGAUGUGUGUGUGUGAUGGCAAUUAGCUAUGGCUGCCUGGGGAACGGAGGCAUCAUGCCUGCGUGCACAUCUAUAUUAGGGGAAGGCAGUGACCCACAGCUCUGAGCUCGGGCGGUGAGCUCUCUUGGCCUGUGCUUCCUACAGCCUCUCAACAUCCUGCAGCCCUUCCUAUCCUUCCUGGAGACACCGCUCCUUUUCCUCUCCCUCCACACCCUCUGGCACCCAAACCAAGCAUAAUUGCUAAUGGAGUGGGAGAGGAAGAAACUGACAUGUGAAAAUGCUCUUCCCCCUUAUUGAGGCCUGAAGGGUAGAAUUGUAAUAACUUCCUCCCCCCUUAACCCUUUUGCCUAACAGUGGCAUAAAUCCUAACCAAGCUUGCCCUGUUUGUUUUGCAUUCCCCCUGCCUUUGGUUGGGGGAGGCUGGGGAGGGGAGGGAGUGGGUGUCUUUGGUCGAUAGCCAAGCCUAGCAGAAAGGGAGCUGUUUUUAAUCUCUAGGAGGGUUGGAUUCCAUCUCAUCAGAUACGCAAGACUGAAGUAGGCACCGCCACCCAUUUUCCUCUGCCGGCGUGGUCUUGUUCCCAGUUCAGCAUCUAUUGGGUGCCUCCUCCUCCAGAUCAUUUCAUGGCGCUUUGUUAUCUGAUUAACCUUCUCACUGCUUUUCCAAGCAUAGAACAUGGUUAACUAGAUAGACUCACCCCAGGACACAUCUGGGCAGAAAGGAGAUUGCAAUCGGUGCUCAUGUAAGGAUUGGUUGGAAAGACGUGCCUCCUGAUCCUCAGAGUUUCACCAAAAAGGGUGAGAAGACAGAAGUUUAACAGGCACAUACCUAGAGCAAUAUUUAUAGAAAUACACGGAGAACCAGUCAGCUGUAGCUUUUGCCCAUGUAGGGUAUGUUGAGAAUGUAAUGAGCAUUCGGCUCAUUCUUUGUGCUCAUGGCAAUUGGAAACAUCUGAUCCAUGUAUUGUAUUGAGCCAUACUCUGCCCUUUUGUCCUGCUGGGCAAACUCUGGUUUGCAAUGGGCUGCAAAGCCAAACGUAUUUGGGAUCCUGAUUCAAACCAUCAUCUACCCAGUGAAACACCAAACUACGGCUUGCUGCAAAGCAAAGUUUGGCUGCCUCUAAGUGCCAUAGAUCAGGGGAAAAGAAAACUUAUGAGGACAGGGUUGAUGAGACCAAACCAUGGUAUAGUGAUAUGUCUGAACAAGCCCCGAGUAAAGUAGCUUUUAGCAUGACCCAUCUGAGGCGACUCAGAUCAUGCCUCUCCAUUCUCUCCCCACCGUCCUAAACUGGAUUGGGGAGGCCUAUAAUGGCCCAUGUGGCAUCGCAGGGGGGCGUUGGGUAGUGAUGUACCACCUCCUUUAAUUGUCUGCUCUCCACACAUUCUCUAGAGCUAGGCUGUUCCAGCAGUUCCCAAGGAGCAAAGCUUUCAGGUUAGGGCCAUUUACUGGCUUGGAAUAUCUUAGGAAAGCAGGAGUUGUGCCAGCCUAAAUGCAUGUUCCUGGCUGCUUUCCUAACCAAUCUGAGUCCCAAUCAAGAUAAACCUUUGUCUUGGGUCUUGGCUAUUAGUUUCAUCUUUUAUUUUAUUUUCACAGUUUUCCAUUGUUGAUAAUAAGCUGCUCAUGCAUUCUUCUCAUAUGUGAAAAUGUGCUAACCCGCACCCCAAUGCCAACCCCUCUACACAUUUCCAGCCAAGCAUCUGCUGAGAAGCUCCUUGUGCAAUCUAGAACCCUGAACAAUUAGGAUUCCAAACUGUGUGGCAUGUCUUCUCGUGGACAGCAGGCUUCCUGCUAGGGGCGCUUACACAUGGAAGGCAGCAUGGCCACACAAAGGGUCCAUGAUAGAGGCAGCGGGCCUCUUCCUCGUUCUCCCUUGCACUGUUCUGAUUACACGUGGGAAGUGAACGCCCAAAUAGGGCUGAGUUGUCUGUCAAACUUAUGCUUCCCAGGUAGGUUUGAAAUUGCUUAACUAUUUAGGCAUACAGUUCAUCUCCCCACUCACAUUCAGGGGAGAGAUUUGCAAAUGUUCUGUCCUCAACUUUUAUUAGAAAUCAGAGUUCCUUCACCUGAGUGUCCCACAAUUAAUCUUGACAGAUCAUAUGGAAGUAUCCUGACUAUUUUGAUAGCUGUGUGAGGAGUUGUUCUGGCUAGGGAAGGGUUUCUAUUUUUUUUUUAAAUGAUAUUUAUUAAAGUUUCAAAAAAAGAUUACAUUGAUAAAAAAAAGAAAAUUAGAGAAAAGAAAAAUACAAAAUACAAAAAAAAACCAAUUAAAAACAAUUCCAUCUUUUCAUCACUUAUCUUUCAUUUACUUGUUUCCCGGACCUCCUCAUGCCUCCCUUUUUUGUAUUCCGGUUCAAAUUAUUAGUUCAGCAAUUCCUUUCCCUCCUUAUUUUAUCCUAAUCUUUAAUCUUAAUAUAUUAUAGCAUUAAGUUUUGACCUAUUGAAAAUCCAAUUUUUCCAUAUUCUUUUACCAUUACAGCUAGAAACUACUUAACUUCAAUUCAACAUCAUUCUAACAUUCAUUAAUUUUGCAAUAUUUCUGUAAAUAGUCUUUAAAUUUCUUCCAAUCUUCUUCCACCGACUCUUCUCCCUGGUCUCGGAUUCUGCCAGUCAUUUCCGCCAAUUCCAUGUAGUCCAUCAUUUUCAUCUGCCAUUCUUCCAGUGUGGGUAGGUCUUGUGUCUUCCAGUGUUUUGCAAUAAGUAUUCUUGCUGCUGUUGUAGCAUACAUAAAGAAAGUUCUGUCCUUCUUUAACACCGAUUGGCCGACUAUGCCCAGGAGGAAGGCCUCUGGUUUCUUUAAGAAGGUAUAUUUAAAUACCUUUUUUAAUUCAUUAUAAAUCAUCUCCCAGAAAACCUUAAUCCUUGGGCACGUCCACCAAAGGUGAAAGAAUGUACCUUCAGUUUCUUUACAUUUCCAACAUUUGUUAUCGGGCAAGUGGUAGAUUUUUGCAAGCUUGACUGGGGUUAUGUACCACCUGUAUAUCAUUUUCAUAAUAUUCUCUCUUAAGGCAUUACAUGCCGUAAACUUCAUACCUGUGGUCCACAACUGUUCCCAGUCAGCCAUCAUUAUGUUGUGUCCAACGUCUUGUGCCCAUUUAAUCAUAGCAGAUUUCACCGUUUCAUCCUGAGUAUUCCAUUUCAACAGCAAGUUAUACAUCUUUGACAAAAUCUUAGUUUUGGGUUCUAACAAUUCUGUUUCUAGUUUUGAUUUUUCCACCUGGAAGCCGAUUUUCUUGUCCAAAUUGUAUGCCUCCAUUAUCUGAUAAUAAUGAAGCCAGUCUCGCACUUUGUUUUUUAGUUUUUCAAAACUCUGCACUUUCAGUCUAGCUCCAUGGGAAGGGUUUCUAGCAGGGAUUGCCGGCAGCUUUUUUUGCCCUCAAGUAUGUUUGGAAAGUUACUAGCUAGCCUGCAUGCACAUACCUUUUUUUAAAAAAGUCAUUUCACAUGGUAAUAUCCUGUUUUAUUGGGUGAGGCGGGAGAGACCUAACACGGAGUUUACAAAAGUGUUCCUGCUCUGUCACCUAAGGUUGAUUUUUUUACUCCAGGUAAGCAACUAGCUGAAUGCCUGUUUAAAAAACACAUGACUGUGCUACUUGAAAGAUCAUAUUACUAGUGCUGUGAAUCAGGAUAAUGUUGUAAAGCAUAGAUUAAUUGCGUACCCAGCAGAAGGGUUUGCAUUUAAAAAUUAGGAAGUAGAGACACAUCAAAGCUUUUAAAGAAAGCAGAGGAAGUCGUUUUAUCCCUUCCCUUCCAUUCCACCCUCCCUUGCUUAACUGUUUCUGUGGGUUGUUUGGGGUUUUUUUACAUCUACAGUCACCUGAAUUGCCCCACAUCAAAUCUAGUUUGUUGGCAAACUGGGCACAUGGUACAGUGAUGCUAACUGCUUCUGUGUGGUAGUGAUGAGGAUCCAUUAAUAUCCUGGUUGUGGAAUAUUGUGUUUCUGGUAUUUAGCUACUAUUAUCUGCACCACUUGAUUUUUAUUUAAAUUUUAAAAAAUUAUUUGCUGCUUUUCUACUUAAAUUCAAAGUAGCUACUGGCAAUGCUGAUUUUGACGCUGCUUUGGUUUCUGCAGCAAGUUGUUUGCAUAGAUCUUAACUCGUUACAAUUCCUCCUAUGCUUGAACCCGCACAGCUGGCUUUGCACGAUAGAUGCGCACAGAUCUAGCUGAAAGGCAGUGCAUGAAGAUUUGCAGGAAUGCAUCCCUAAUUAUUAUUGCGUAAUUAUAGGAUUAUUGUAUAAUCUUAGAAGGUGCAUAGCUGUGACUGUCAUGAAGGGACCCCACACCUCUGAAUUUGCCACUACGCUGCUAGAUAAGACUCUGAGCUCCGUAAAAUGAUUAUCUAGAGUGGAAGCGGGAGCCAGACUCCACAGCAAGAUAAUGCAACACUAAGCAUAAGACCUUUCUUAUGGCUGGUCAAACUUCAUUAGUGAAAACCAGAUGUGAAAUGGGUUAAAAGACCCUAAGCAAAGGAACAGCAUGCUGUGUUUGGGUUUUUUUCCUUGUAGCCGAUAUUGUGUCCUCCUUAUCUCAUCCCUAUCUGUCACACAACCUAUUUUUAAUAAAGUGUGUAUUUGUUUUUCCUUGCCCUGGAUACCAUGCACUGUUUACUUUAAUGGGGGCCUUCAGCUGGGGUGAGCUGGUCAACUGACUUGAUGGAGUUUGAAUCCUGAAGAAUUUUGAUUGGGAUGUGGACUCUUUCCAUGUUAUCAAUAUAAACAGGGGUUUUUAAUGCCAAUUCUUGGUGUGUAGGGAAAGGGAUGUGCAGUUCAGGUGGUUUAGAGGUUGAUCUUGGCUGGAAUAACCCUAUAAAGUAGGUUGAAGAGAGUCAAUACAUAGUAACUUUGCCAGAACAGCCAGUAAGAUUUGCAAGUGAACCGGGUUUAAAAUCUAAUUCCUCACAGCAGAAUUCUCCUCUUUUGCACCAGACGUGGGUCAGUUGCUAUUACAGUGGUACCUCAGGUUACGUACGCUUCAGGUUACAGACUCUGCUAACCCAGAAAUAGUACCUCAGGUUAAGAACUUUGCUUCAGGAUGAGAACAGAAAUCGUGUUCCGGCGGUGCGGUGGCAGCAGGAGGCGAAAGUGGUGCUUCAGGUUAAGAACAGUUUCAGGUUAAGAACGGACCUCCGGAACGAAUUAAGUACUUAACUCGAGGUACCACUGUAUGUGCCAAACACCAUGACCCACCCAACUACUCUUCUCUCUCUUGUCAGUCUAGGGACAGGCUUUCUCCAGCAUCCUUUUCCAGCUCGGCCUUCUGGUUUGUUCCAGGACCAGAUAGACUCUGUGGUGGGGAUGUAACCAGCCAUGAAUUCAGCUUUCACCCUCAGGAGGCUAAAUAUCUUCCAUACUCUCAGGAAAUUAAGGACUGCCUUUUUAUUCAGGCUAGUUACAUGCUUACCACUGCACCAAAUUAUCUCCAUAAAAGCCUUCUGAGCAUUCUUUCUUGUUCCUCCUUUACCCGUUUGGGCCAUCCUAUGCAAUUCCUUUCCUUCUUUUGGUGCUUGCAUUCUUUGCACACUAUUCUCAUGCUCCCCCCUGUAGACCUGCUUUUGCCCAGCUCAGCAUAUUUAAUUCCCUUUAAUCUUUUCAUGCAAUGCAGCCGAUUCAUCCCUCCGAUCAGUUUGGCUUUGUUUCUGUGUCAAAUGGCAUGGUGUCCUAAGACGAAACACAACACAUGGCAGUGCUGCUAAAUCGCUUUGGCUGUUUCCUGCAGAAUCAUGCAACGGUCAUCUUAAAAUUGGCAUUUCCUGCUGAUCCUCCAGAUGUGCUUAGCCUACCACUCCCAUCAGCCCUGACCAUUGGCCAUGCUGGCUGGGUUGAACUUGACGGAGAGUUCAGUGUCCAGCAAUAUCUGCAGUGCCACAGGUUCACACUGUAUAAUAUGGAAGACCCACAAGCUGAAGCCUGGCCCAUGUGGCUUGCAGCUCUCCAUCAUUUUAGUGUUGCCAUCAUACAGGGUUAAAUUUUAUCCUUGCGCUUUUUCCACUGGGGAAAAUGCUUGACACACCAUGCAUCUUUCUUAGAUAAAUGUGCUCCAUCUCAUUACUUUGAUGUUUGUUGCGGCUACUACUUCUGUGCUAUCUUGCUUCUAAUCUGCGUGAUGGCCCAGUCUAUUUGGACUUAAAAUGCCAUGGAGACGCAGUACAACAUUUGGCUGCAAAAAUGCAAAUAUAUUACACAUGCUGCAUUCCUUUGGCCCCUUUUGAAACCUGGGUGUAACUGGCUCGAGUGAUCCAUUAUAAUCGCUUGCUGUUUAUUUUUCAUGUUUCUGUAACCAUCUAAAUACCUAGGGAUUUUCUUUCAAAACUCCUUGUGUAUUUCUUCUUCUGGGAGCUAGCAACACAGACAUUGGUGGUUAAUCUGGAAUGAGAUGGAGGAAACUAGGAAGUGGAUAAGAGCAUGGUUCUCUGGUUUGGUAAAUGAUGCAAUGAUGCUUCUGGUGCAUCAAAUGUUUUAGUACUGUACAACAUAUGUGGUAUUCUGGGAUCAAAUGGGACUGAAGCUAGAACAGCAAUCCUAACGAAUCUGAAGUCAUUGGAGAUGAUUUAGAUUUGUUGUUGCCUUGCACAGUGCUGCUAGUGUUACUUGAAUUUAGCAUUGCUUGUUGUGACCCAGGGGUGGGUGGGCGAUGGAGUAAAAUUGAAGCUCAUGGUUAAUUGCACAUUUUUUAGCAUAGCCAUCUUAAAUUGUUGUUGAAUGGAAUCUGCAUACAUUUAAAAUACACGACUUCUCCCAAAUAAUUCUGGGAACUGUAGUUAACCCCACACAGUUCCCAGUACCUUUAAACUACAGUUCCCAGGAUUCUUUGGAUGGAGCGGGAAAUGUAUGGUGCGUACAAAGUCCUAGGACCUGGACCAGCUGGUUUAAAUUACGAGAAAGAACGUCAGGAAGAACUUCGUGAAAGUAUGAGCCAUUUUGCAGGGAAAGCAGACUGCCUCAGAAAGUUGUGGGCUUUACUUGGUUCGAUAUUUUUAGGCCUCUGCUAAUUGGAGAUGCUGUAGCAAUAGAUUUUCUGCAUUGGCAAAUGGUUGGACUUGAUGUUGUUUGAGAUCCCUUCCAAUUCUAUGAUUCUAACUGCUGUUGCUUGCUGCUGUUUGCACCAUUUUCUACCUUCCGCCGUGAUUUCUAGUUUCCUUUUGGGGAAGCAGAAUGGGCAAUGGCUUCCUAACUCAGCACAUUCUGACAGUGUUCUUCAGAUCCUUGUGGCUCUUCACUCCCCCCUCCCCCAAUGUGCUGCCCAAGCAAUUGUUUCGGUAUUCAUGCUCUAGCAAUGUUUAGACUGCGGUCAUUUUUUAUCACAUCCCAAUUGUCAGCAUGAGUUCCUUGGCUUCCUGUUACUUUCUCAUUCUUGCCUCGUUGCUGGCCAAGGGAGGCCUUUUGGUUUCAACCAGAUCGCUCAUCACUCCACUUCCGAGUUGAUUUGUAACGUGACGUCUCUGUUGAUCUGAGGCAACAAAAAGACCAUUGGGGCGUAUGUAUGUCUGGGUUGGACAGGACAAUUCUUUUUUUCAAGUUUGCUAAAAAUGCUUGACUCCCGCAUUAGACUUUUAGGCCAUAUUCAUGCGAUACAUUUAAAGCACCAUGAUCCCGCUUUAAACAGUUGUUGCUUCCCCUGAAUAUUUCUGGGAACUGUAUAUUAAGGGUGCUGAGAACCCUAUUCCCCUCCCAAAGCUACAAUUCCCAGAGUUCCCUAUGAAGAGGGUUUGAUUUACACCACUCUGGGAAUUUGUAGCUCUGUGGGUGAAAUAAGGGUCUUCUAACAACUCUCAGCACCCUUAACAAACUACAGUCCCCAGAAUUAUUUGGAGGAAGCCACAACUGUUUAAAGUGGUAUCAUCGUGCUUUAAAUGUAUGGUUUGAAUGUGGCCUUAAAGGGGUGCCUGGAAAUGGGUAAAAGACAAUGCAACGAGAUCUCUCUUGGAGACUGCCUGCAUACCUGAACAAAAGCUACUGUAUGCAUUCAAGACAAAAUUAAAAAUAUCACUAUUGAAUGCAAGUUUUGCUUCUACACUUGCUCCAGGAGGAAGGAUCUGCCAAAUUUGGUGUAUGCUCCACUUUGUGUCGUCAUCUUGGGUGCAUUAUUAUUGUUGUUGUUGUUAAAUAAUAACAACUCUUUUAUUAUUUUUAAAUUUUAUUAUACAUUUUUACAGUAAAGUAAAUAGUAAAGGGGGAGGGAAGAAACAAAAGAAGACACAGGAUAACGUAACAAUAACAGAAUGACAUUAAAAUGUUAAUAAUAAUAAUCCUGACUUCUAAAAGGUAGAGAUCAUUCUGUGGCAACUUAACAAGUGGCAAAACAAUAAAGUGGAACAAACAAUGUCCGAUCCCGUUUAAAAGUUAAACAUUCUUCUGGGCUUGAGAGCUUUAAAUCCUUCUGUACGGAUGGGCAGAGGUGCGACUGUACCUCGGCAGAGAAAGGGUGGUUUGAGCAUGAAGCAGGGAGGACGUGAGGACCGCACAGUCCCAUUUGUUGACUUUGCGUCCCCUGCCUCCUCCCUGGGGUGUUUAGCAAUCCUGGAGGUGCAGAGUGAAGGAGCCUGGGUCACCUGGCUCUGGUUUCCAUGUGGCUUUUCUUUCCCCUCCUUCCUGUUGACAUUCAGUCCCUGCAAUCGGACACCCCAGCCCAGCCCGGGCAGUGAUAGGCUGGGAAUGGCAGUUGUAGCAACAGGUGGCCCUGCCCCGUGUCCAAUCCGGUUGUACCGUUUGGGGCGGGCCAGGACUCCUCCGUGCUUUGAGCCUGCCUGCCAUAACCUUGGGUGUAACCCAAGAACUCAGCCUUGGGAGAUGAAAGCAGGGAAAGUUUCGCUGAGCUGGGUUUGCAAAAUCACCUGGCCAUCCUGACGGAUGCUUUCUUAGGAAAACUGCAGGGAACUCUGAGCACCCACCUGGAAGGAGCUGCUGAGCUGCUUCCCACUCUUACCUUCUUCCCAGGUGUGGAGGAUGUGGCAGGAUGUGGCACGUUGGCUGGACAGCUUUCCUGUGAAUGGCCAUCUUGAUGCAGAUGACUCUCUGGUAUGGAUACGUCCCCUUCUGCUUUUCCCAUUUCAGGGGUGGAGAGAGGCAGCUGUCUGGUCUCGCUACAGCAUGGAAACCCAUCUUGAAGCCUCAGUAUUAUAGAAUCCAGAUAUACUUCCACCUACUCACUUGUGUUAAGACUGGGCCUGAGGCACCCCCAAUUUGAAAAGCUCGGGUUUUGAGGAAAAGCAGAUCUUCCCUGCCUCACUAGGAACGGAUCUAUCUGGAGCUAUGUGGGCAGAAUGGGGAAGCAGAGUAAAUGAAACCUCUGCAAGGCAGGCAGUGUCAUUAGCAAAGUUGAAACGGUUCUGAAAAGUACCAAAAUCCAAGAGGAUCGGAGGAGAGGCAAGAUAGGAAGGUGUUUGUGUGUAGUGGGGGUACAUUUUGCUUGUGAAUGGGGCUGUAUCUAGCCUGCUGCUUUUGAUACCGUUCCCCCUUGAUAUUUAUAGUAAGCGGUGCGUCCAAAUAUUUAAUUGUUUUCUCCGGAUUUUUAUUGUGUGUGUGCUGUGUGGGUGGGAGCUAUGCCCAUGUUUGAUUUUGUGAAGCAAGAGGGAUGAAUGUUGUUCUAUGUCAGCUGUUCUGAACUGGGAGGCAAAACUGGUUCGGCUGUAGCAGCCUUUGGUGAGAGUGAGUGUGUGGCAUUUUGGCUUUGAUUUCGCAUGGCAUCCACCCUGUUUCUGUUGACUGUGCACAAGGCCUUUGCCAGCAGAUGGGGUGAUGGUGGAAAGUGGGGGGGGCAGGUUGCUCAUCGGAGAAACCUCCCUUGCGCUUCAAGAAAAGUGCUUUUAAUCUCAGAUCUGACUUGUUCCAUAGCCUUGGGCAAGUAAUUUUAAUAUAUUGUAUGUUUACUCCUCUCUUGUGUGGACAUGACAAAACGAACGCUUGUUUGCUUGUUCAAACGAAAGCUGAUGAAAAGAUGCUUUGGAUUCUUUUUUCAUUUUCACAAACAAAACAGAACCCAGUCUUUCUACUUCAUGGUAAUGAUUCUAGUUAAUAAUGAAAAGAUGCAAUUUCUGAAGGAAAGCUAAUGAUAGGAAAUGGUCUGUCCGUUUCUUCAAAUCAUGUCUCUCAACUUGACACAAUAUUCAUUAUGGCUGAGGAAAUCAUUGGGGGGCAGCCAGAAUUACUUGCACAAAUGAGCAGCUGUGAGUUUUUAUACUGUUCAGCAGUGGAGCAGACUCCCUCGGGAAGUCGUGGGCUCUCCUUCCUUGGAGGUUUUUAAGCAGAGGUUGGAUGGCCAUCUGUCAGGGAUGCUUUAGUUGAGAUUCCCCUAUAGAAGGGGGGUGGACUAGAUGACCCCUGGCAUCCCUUUCAACUCUAAGAUUCUAUGAUUCGGUACUACAGUGAUGCUAUAAGUGUUACUCAAAAUCUGAACUGAAAUAAUUUAGCAGCAUCCCUAAGGAAUACGUAAUUUAAAUCUGGUGUCUCCUGUUUCUCUGUUCCUGGCGUGCUGCUUACAAAAGAAAUUGUUAGAUGGUGUGUGCUAUCUGAUUGAAUCAGGAGGCUAAUUCACUGUUUAUGUAUGUGUAUAUACACUCAGCAUUGUGGGUUUUUUAAACAAAACCCAAAGAACCAGAUAAAUAUAUAUUAUGUUUUGGCUUCAGGAAAAUACAGUGCGGUUAAAAUAAAAAUGCUUCACACACACAAAAAUCUCACAGUAGCAUCAAUUAAUGGCAAGCUUAAGAUUGUGCAAUUAUUUAUUAUUGCAUUUAUAUCCCAAUUUUCCUCCAGUGAGCUUUAAGUUGGCAUAUAUGGUUUUCACAAGAACCCUGUUAGGUAGAUUAGGCUGCAAAACAGUGCCUGGCCCAAGGUCACCCAGUGAGCUUCAUGGCUGAGUGGGGAUUUGAACCCUGAUCUCUCAGGUCCUAGUCAGACACUCUAACCAUUGCACCAUGUUUGCUGGGGAUAAUUGCUCCUCUCCAAAGAACAGAAAUCCCUGGAGUGCUGAACUGUAAUAGUUAUUGGGGCUAGGCAAAUUAGAUCUAGCUUGAAUUUUCUCUUUUGGAGUGCUUUAACCAGGGGCAUAGUAAAAAGUCUGGGGUGCCUCUCUUUUUUAAAAAACUUCCUGAAUCAGCUUAAGGGUCUGUCUGAUCCUGCCUUCCUUGAUCUGCAGAUGUUUUGGCCUCGCAUCAGCCCCAGCCAGCAUGCUCAAUAGUCAGGGACCAGAGAAUUCUACUCCAAACCUUCUGCAGGCCAGCAGGUUGGGGAAAUGUAUCAUUUUCAUUUUUGCACAACCAGAGACUAGCCAGACACCUCCUCUGCUCGUUACAAGUAAGCGUAGAACUUGAUUCUUCUAAUUGCCACAAGUGUCAUCUUUCUACGCUCCAGUUUUCCAGAUAUUUAUUUCAACCAUUUAAUCCAUCUUAAUUACAAUUGCGUAUGCAUGGUAUACAGAAACUCAGCCCAUUAUUUUCAUCAUAUACAGACUAUAAAAUCAGAAUUCAGUGAUAACGCCUGCUAGAAUAAAAAGAAGAUCUUCAUUUUUUUGUUCAGGUAUCGCUAGAUCUCAGACAUACAGAUUUCUUGCAGACGUCUACGUUUGUCUUCAAUCUCAUGCCAUUUCAUAAAUGUCUCUGUGUGUUUUCCCCUCCCUCUUUCCAGCCGGAUCUUCUCAAUUUCAAGAAGGGAUGGAUGUCCAUAUUGGAGGAGCCAGGAGAGGUAGGUCCAAAGAAAUAAGUGUAUUCCUCUUCUCCCUCCUCCCCAACAAGCAGCAGGGAUGACUGUUGCUUUUGACUUCCCUUCAUGGUUGAAUGUGCUGUUUCUCGGAAACUUUUCUUGUGCCUGGUGCGUGAAAAUCUCUCUGGAUUUUAAAAACAAGCCAAUAAAUGUACAGAAAACGAACCUCUCUGGAGCAACCUUGCAGAAUUCCUUUUUGGAAUGAAAUGGAUGCACAGCUGAGAACCUGGGAACCCCAAGACUAGGCAUUCUUACUGCUACUUUUACCUAGCAUGCUUUGUGUAUUCCACAACCCCUGUUGCACGUUUCCUGUCAAUCUCUGCCCUACAUCUCAUUGAAUAAACGCUGGAAGGGAGGUGUCUCCUGAGCAGAUGGAGUGGUCAAAGUUGAGUUUGGCAUCUUCUUCUUUUUUUAUUGAGUGCAAGUUUGAAAGGUUAAUGAACGCUGUGCACUUCCGUCGACGUUUUAAUUUAGCUCUCCCCUCUUGUCUUGCCCUCCCCCUUUUCCUUCCCCUUUUUAAUGGUUCUGUCUGCAGUGGACGAAGCAUUGGUUUGUGUUGACAGACUCGAGCCUGAGGUAUUACAGGGACUCCAAUGCUGAGGAGGUAAGAAAAGUUUCCUGGCCUCCAUGACCUCUUCUGCAAGGGGGGGGAACGGGACUUGCACAGCGAUGGAGAGAAAUUUACGGGUGUUCUUUGUUAAAAGCACAGCAUGCCAUUAUUACCUCUUGUUUCCAAUUUUCAGGUUGUGAGUGCUGUUCCUUGUGUAGCCCACACAGCACCACACAACACAAGUCCUGGCUGCACCAUGUGUUUGUAUAAUAGUAAUAAUAAUAAUAAUAAUAAUAAAUAAUAAUACCCCACCCAUCUGGGCGGCUUACAACAUAAGCCACUCUGGGCGGCUUACAACAUAUCUAAAAACAUCAAUCCUUAAAAACCUCCCUAAACAGGGCUGCCUCCAGAUGUCUUCUAAAAGUCAGGUACAGUCGUACCUUAGAUCCCGAAAGCCUUGCGAGUCAAACAUUUUGGUUCCUGAACGCCGCAAACCUGGAAGUAAGAGUUGCGGUUUGCGAACAUUCUUUGGAACCCGAACGUCCAACACGGCUUCUGAUUGGCUGCAGGAGCUUCCUGCAGCCAAUCGGAAGCCGCACCUUGGUUUCUGAAUGUUUUGAAAGUCGAAUAGACUUCCAGAAGGGAUUCCAUUCGACUUCAGAGGUACAACUGUAGUUGUUUAAGUCCUUGACAUCUGAUGGGAGGAUGCCCUAAAUUUGUUUCACAAGAUUUAGAUUCCACUUUAUUGUAAUAAAACCUCCAAGCAGUUUAUAAUACUACAAGUAAGAAACUAUUAAAAGCAGUGAUUUAAAACAUUCAAAAUGUAAUCAGAAUCACCGAUCAGCUAAAAACCUGAUUGAAACACAUAUUUUACAUUGUCUGGAUAGGUUUUCUUAAACAAAAAUGUUUUUUGCAGCAGCCAGAAAGAGUACAGUGAAGGUGCUGCCCGGUAUUAAUAGAGUGGCUUAACGAUGAAUCCCCCUUCCUUGGGAACUUGGAGAAUUGUAGCCCUCUAAGGGGGAAAUGGGGUCUCCUAACAAUUCUCAGCACCCUUAACUAUCUUCAGUUCCCAGGAUGGUUUGCAGGAAGACAUGGCUGUUUAAAGUGAGGGGGUUCUGCUGUAAAUGUAUGGUGCAGAUGUACACAGGGGAGGCAUUGGUAGGCUUGGGGGAAAUCAGUUUUGCAAAAGUGCAAGAAUCUUGGAGGGGGUGGAACCCAAACCAGCUCAAGGAGGACUGAGCAUGCUCAGUGCUCACCCCAAUGCUGACUGUUGGUCUAAAAAUAGAAAACUGGAGGGGUGAGAGUGGGAAUGGCUGGAAUCCUGAAACAUCACACUGCAACACUUUGUUACAGUUUCUGCUUGUUGGACAUUAUUAUUUGUGGCGGGGGGGGGGGGGGCAAGCAAAAGUGUGCAUGGGACAUAGCUUGUAAGGGCAGAGUGGAAACUGUGAAUCCUGUAUCCUAUUUUCUGUUAACUGAGGAAGAUUGUUGUUGUUGUUUAGUCGUUUAGUCGUGUCCGACUCUUCGUGACUCCAUGGACCAGAGCACGCCAGGCACUCCUGUCUUCCACUGCCUCCCGCAGUUUGGUCAAACUCAUGCUGGUAGUUUUGAGAACACUGUCCAACCAUCUUGUCCUCUGUCGUCCCCUUCUCCUUGUACCCUCAAUCUUUCCCAACAUCAGGGUCUUUUCCAAGGAGUCUUCUCUUCUCAUGAGGUGGCCAAAGUAUUGGAGCCUCAGCUUCAGGAUCUGUCCUUCCAGUGAGCACUCAGGGCUGAUUUCCUUCAGAAUGGAGAGGUUUGAUCUUCUUGCAGUCCAUGGGACUCUCAAGAGUCUCCUCCAGCACCAUAAUUCAAAAGCAUCAAUUCUUCGGCGAUCAGCCUUUUUUAUGGUCCAGCUCUCACUUCCAUACAUCACUACUGGGAAAACCAUGGCUUUAACUAUACGGACCUUUGUCGGCAAGGUGAUGUCUCUGCUUUUUAAGAUGCUGUCUAGGUUUGUCAUUGCUUUUCUCCCAAGAAGCAGGCGUCUUUUAAUUUCGUGACUGCUGUCACCAUCUGCAGUGAUCAUGGAGCCCAAGAAAGUAGCAUCUCUCACUGCCUCAAUUUCAUCCCCUUCUAUUUGCCAGGAGCUAAUGGGACCAGUGGCCAUGAUCUUAGUUUUUUUUAUGCUGAGCUUCAGACCACAUUUUGUGCUCUCCUCCUUCACCCUCAUUAAAAGGUUCUUUAAUUCCUCCUCACUUUCUGCCAUCAAGGUUGUGUCAUCUGCAUAUCUGAGGUGGUUGAUAUUUCUUCCGGCAAUCCUAAUUCUGGUAUAGGAUUCAUCCAGCCCAGCCUUUCGCAUGAUGAAUUCUGCAUAUAAGUUAAAUAAACAGGGAGGCAUUAAUAUUAUUAUUUAUCCAAUUUGUAUACAGCCCUCGGUGUUGUUUUUUAGUCGUUUAGUCGUGUCCGACUCUUCGUGACCCCAUAAACCAGAGCACGCCAGGCACUCCUGUCUUCCACUGCCUCCCGUAGUUUGGUCAAACUCAUGCUGGUAGCUUCGAGAACACUGUCCAGCCAUCUCGUCCUCUGUCGUCCCCUUCUCCUUGUGCCCUCCAUCUUUCCCAACAUCAGGGUCUUUUCCAAGGAGUCUUCUCUUCUCAUGAGGUGGCCAAAGUAUUGGAGCCUCAGCUUCAGGAUCUGUCCUUCCAGUGAGCACUCAGGGCUGAUUUCCUUAAGAAUGGAUACGUUUGAUCUUCUUGCAGUCCAUGGGACUCUCAAGAGUCUCCUUCAGCACCAUAAUUCAAAAGCAUCAAUUCUUCGGCGAUCAGCCUUCUUGAUGGUCCAGCUCUCACUUCCAUACAUCACUACUGGGAAAACCAUGGCUUUAACUAUACAGACCUUUGUUGGCAAGGUGAUGUCUGUGCUUUUUAAGAUACUGUCUAAGUUUGCCAUCGCCUUUCUCCCAAGGAGCAGGCGUCUUUUAAUUUCAUGACUGCUGUCACCAUCUGCAGUAAUCAUGGAGCCCAAGAAAGUAAAAUCUCUCAUUACCUCCAUUUCUUCCCCUUCUAUUUGCCAGGAGGUGAUGGGACCAGUGGCCAUGAGCUUCGUUUUUUUGAUGUUGAGCUUCAGACCAUAUUUUGCGCUCUCCUCUUUCACCCUCAUUAAAAGGUUCUUUAAUUCCUCCUCACUUUCUGCCACCAAGGUUGUGUCAUCUGCAUAUCUGAGGUUGUUGAUAUUUCUUCUAGCGAUCUUAAUUCCAGCUUGGGAUUCAUCCAGCCCAGCCUUUCGCAUGAUGAUUUCUGCAUAUAAGUUAAAUAAGCAGGGAGACAAUAUACAGCCUUGUCGUACUCCUUUCCCAAUUUUGAACCAAUCAGUUGUUCCAUAUCCAGUUCUAACUGUAGCUUCUUGUCCCACAUAGAGAUUUCUCAGGAGACAGAUGAGGUGAUCAGGCACUCCCAUUUAUUUAAGAACUUGCCAUAGUUUGCUGUGGUCGACACAGUCAAAGGCUUUUGCAUAGUCAAUGAAGCAGAAGUAGAUGUCUUUCUGGAACUCUCUAGCUUUCUCCAUAAUCCAGCGCAUGUUUGCAAUUUGGUCUCUGGUUCCUCUGCCCCUUUGAAAUCUAGCUUGCACUUCUGGGAGUUCUCGGCCCACAUACUGCUUAAGCCUGCCUUGAAGAAUUUUAAGCAUAACCUUGCUAGCGUGUGAAAUGAGUGCAAUUGUGCGGUAGUUGGAGCAUUCUUUGGCACUGCCCUUCUUUGGGAUUGGGAUGUAGACUGAUCUUCUCCAAUCCUCUGGCCACUGCUGAGUUUUCCAAACUUGCUGGCAUAUUGAGUGUAGCACCUUCACAGCAUCAUCGUUUAAAAUUUUAAAUAGUUCAGCUGGAAUAUCAUCACUUCCACUAGCCUUGUUAUUAGCAGUGCUUUCUAAGGCCCAUUUGACUUCGCUCUCCAGGAUGUCUGGCUCAAGGUCAGCAACCACACUACCUGGGGUGUACGAGCCAUCCAUUUUUUUUCUGGUAUAGUUUCUCUGUGUAUUCUUGCCACCUCUUCUUGAUGUCUUCUGCUUCUGUUAGGUCCUUUCCACUUUUGUCUUUUAUUAUGGUAAUCUUUGUACGAAAUGUUCCUUUCAUAUCUCCAAUUUUCUUGAACAGAUCUCUGGUUUUUCCCAUUCUAUUGUUUUCCUCUAUUUCUUUGCAUUGCUCGUUUAAGAAGGCCUUCUUGUCUCUCCUUGCUAUUCUUUGGAAAUCUGCUUUCAAUUUCCUGUAUCUUUCACUAUCUCCCUUGCACUUUGCUUGCCUUCUCUUCCCCGCUAUUUGUAAGGCCUCGUUGGACAGCCACUUUGCUUUCUUGCAUUUCCUUUUCAUUGGGAUGGUUUUAGUUGCUGCCUCCUGUAUAAUGUUACGAGCCUCCAUCCAUAGUUCUUCAGGCACUCUGUCCACCAAAUCUAAAUCCUUAAACCUGUUCCUCACUUCCACUGUGUAUUCAUAAGGGAUUUGACUUAGAUUGUAUCUUACCGGCCCAGUGGUUUUUCCUACUUUCUUCAGUUUAAGCUUGAAUUUUGCUAUAAGAAGCUGAUGAUCUGAGCCACAGUCAGCUCCAGGUCUUGUUUUUGCUGACUGUAUAGAGCUUCUCCAUCUUUGGCUGCAGAGAAUAUAAUCAAUCUGAUUUCGAUGCUGCCCAUCUGGUGAUGUCCAUGUGUAGAGUCGUCUCUUGUGUUGUUGGAAAAGAGUGUUUGUGAUGACCAGCUUGUUCUCUUGGCAGAACUCUAUUAGCCUUUGCCCUGCUUCAUUUUGAACUCCAAGGCCAAACUUGCCAGUUGUUCCUUUUAUCUCUUGACUCCCUACUUUAGCAUUCCAAUCCCCUAUAAUGAGAAGAACAUCCUUCUUUGGUGUCAUUUCUAUAAGGUGUUGUAAGUCUUCAUAGAAUUGGUCAAUUUCAGUUUCUUCAGCACCAGUGGUUGGUGCAUAAACUUGGAUUACUGUGAUGUUAAAAGGUCUGCCUUGGAUUCGUAUCGAGAUCAUUCUAUCAUUUUUGAGAUUGCAUCCCAGUACAGCUUUCGCCACUCUUUUGUUGACUAUGAGGGCCACUCCAUUUCUUUUACGGGAUUCUUGCCCACAGUAGUAGAUAUGAUGGUCAUCCAAACUGAAUUCGCCCAUUCCCGUCCAUUUUAGUUCACUGAUGCCCAGGAUGUCAAUAUUUAUUCUUGCCAUCUCAUUUUUGACCACAUCCAACUUACCAAGGUUCAUGGUUCUUACAUUCCAGGUUCCUAUUCAAUAUUUUGCUUUACAGCAUUGGACUUUCCUUUCACUUCCAGGCAUAUCUGCAACUGAGCGUCCUUUCGGCUUUGGCCCAGCCGCUUCAUCAGCUCUGGAUCUACUUGUACUUGUCCUCCGCUCUUCCUCAGUAGCAUGUUGGACGCCUUCCGACCCGAGGGGCUCAUCUUCCAGCGUCAUAACUUUUAUAUGCCAUUUGUCUUUGUCCAUGGAGUUUUCUUGGCAGGGAUACUGGAGUGGCUUGCCAGUUCCUGCUCCAGGUGGAUCACGUUUGGUCAAAACUCUCCACUAUGACCUGUCCAUCUUGGGUGGCCCUGCAUGGCAUAGCUCAUAGCUUCUCUGAGUUAUUCAAGCCCCUUCGCCACGGCAAGGCAGUGAUCCAUGAAGGGGAACUGAAGAGGAUUAGUAAACUAGAAUUGUAAUAAUGUCAGGUCUGUGGGGUAUGGGGAAAAUAUUGGAGGAAAGUAGAUAGGAUGUGAUAGACAAGUGCAGUGUGUGUGUGUGUGUGUGUGUGUGUGUGUGUACAUGUACAUGCAUGCUUUUUGUUGGUGGUGGUGGUGAUGCUAUUAAGUGAGGUUCCUUGUUUAAGCUGAUGGUCUGGUGGUCAUUUAGGCCGAUGAACUGGAUGGAGAGAUUGACCUUCGCUCUUGCACCGACGUGACAGAAUAUGCAGUGCAGCGGAACUAUGGCUUCCAGAUACACGUGAGUGCUUAGAACCCAUAGAGUCUGGAUGGAGCAAAAAGGCCAUCUGGCCUAUGCGUAUUUUAGAUUAUUAGAUACUGCUGCAAUAACCAUGUUGUUUGAAGUGCGGAGGUGGGGUAGAUAUUUCUGCCUGCAGUUCACUUCAGUCCUUGAUUAUAUAGUGUACAAGUUCUUCAUUCUAACACCAGGGCGCAUAUGUUGGGUGGUUGAGUGGCAAGGGGCUUCUUCUAUUCUUAUUGGCCCAAUUCUUGAUUGAUAACGUUGCUCCUCGAGAUAAGGAAGAGGUACCACAGCCCAUGGACACACUUCCAGGUGGCAAGUGCCCCUGGGGAUGUUUGGAGAGGGCUGUCUGCUGCCAGCUUCAGUGAGCUCUCUUUUCUAAUGGAUGCAUUCAAUCUCAUGGAACAGGAACACCUGCAGCCAGAAAGGAGAAGGUGGAGCAGAGUCAGGGACCAUCGUCUUAUUAAGUGUCUGUAAUUUAUAUGUAGAAAGUGAGACCAAAGAGUCUUGGGCCAAAGAUUCUUGGACUCAAGUCUCACUUAAUUCAAAAGGCUCUCCUAUUUAGAUUUUGGAAAUAUAAGAAAACAAUUGUGGGUACCAUUAAAUACCCAUUUCACGGAAGAAAAACUGGUCGUGCUCAGGGCCUCCAAACAGGCAAAAUGCAUGAAUCACCAAUGGCACCAGGCCAAAAAAUUAGGCAACCCUCCUAAAUCCAAAACAACUCAGUUGAAAAUAAUAAUAAUGUGGUGGGGGAGGGAAGGGGAGCUUGGGGGGGGGGGCUUGGCAGUUGCUAUUGGGAUGAGCAUAUAUGAGGCCCUGUUUAGCCAAGCCCCACAUUUUUAGGCUCUGUGGAAAUAGAUAUGUUUGCCAGAUAUGCUUGAAGGGUUCAGUGGCAAUGAAGCCUUGCAUUGCAUCUUCAGAUCUCUUUGCUGUAUUUGAAGGAGAGUACAUGUUCUAUGUCCGGUUUUUCCCUUUCAGACUAAAGAUGGUGUCUUUACGUUGUCUGCGAUGACAUCGGGAAUCCGGCGGAACUGGAUAGAAGCUCUGAGGAAAAGUAUACGCCCUGCCAGUGUGCCGGAUGUCACAAAGUAGGCACCUUCAGAUAUUUCCCCCCCUUGUCUCUGACAGCACAGCAAUUUUGAUCCAUUUUCCUGAUUUAUUAAUUGGUCUGAUUUGUAUGAAACAGUAAGCCAAAGUUAAACAAACUGUGGCUUACUGGGGAUGAUUGAGGGGGUUGGUGCGUGGUGCUCAAAUGGGUCCUCUCCUCCUCCUGCCACACUGGCAGGAAACGGAUCAGAGCACUGGCUUGGCAUUAGGCAAGAAACAAAUGCUCAUCAUUUUUCUCUCUCUCCAAAAAUACAUGAGAACUAGCCAAGAACACUUGUUUCAAUAAAUCUAGUUUUGUUCCUUUGGCCAUUGCAGUCGCUCAGUGUGUUAUCCUGUGUCACAGAUAAGCUAUCUGAUAUUACUCCUGCGAUUAAAGUUGCUUGUUGCAGCAAAUCAUUAGCCGCUGCUUAGGGGCUGGUGGGCAGUAAUGACCUCUUAGCCAAACAAGCAAAGAAACACGCACAAGUUCUCUUUUGGUAGUUCUGAUGGUAGGUUAAUACUCAUAUCCUUUGGGUGGGGAGUUCUGAAGGCCGCGUUCAGAACAAACGUGGUAGAACUGUGAUGCUAAAGAGUCUGGCAGAGAGUUUUUACAGAGUUAGGAAGCUACAAUAACCAUCAGUCGCUCGCCAGGGUAUCAGGCAGAGGUCUCUCGCAGUCCUGAUUGGAGAUUCAGGCGCUUGAACCUGGGAUUUCCUCCAUGCCAAGCCUGUGCAAUCUGGCAGGCCUCUGUAAGAACAGGAUUAGGGAUGGGCAAUGCCGGGUUUUCAACAUCACGAUGUUAUCACCCGUCAGACAUCGCGAUCUGGCGAUACACUGCAAUGUUGACACAACAAGCUGCAUUGACCCCGGCCCUUAAGGCGUCAGGUUGAAACUGCUGCUGUUCGAGGGAGCUAAGGCAGUUUCACUUCAGCGCCUCGUGGGGCCGGGGACGAUGCAACUUAUAACCAGGGCUGGGGGGCGGAGAGAUUCCCUCCAUCCCGAGCACUUGGCAUGGAGGGAACUGGCGCUGCUGAGCUGGGGGCCACGUAGACUCCCUCCCCCCACCCCCCAGCUGAGCAUUAAACUGCUCUCGCCCUACCUCUGGCUCGCACAAGCCAGAGGCUUCUUUCAAUUGCUCCGCUGAGAAGCACGUAGCUGUCCAUGCUUCCACAGAGCAGUUUAAAGUAGCCGAGGGAGGAACAAGUUAUAACAGCUGCCAAUAUACUGCCAGGUGAAGCCUCUGUCAUGGUCUGCCUCUCAUACUUGUCCUGGGCGAUAUAUCAAUAGGCCAUAUCUGCCACCUUUUCCCUUUUUUAAGGGAAAUUCCCUUAUUCCGAAUAGGAUUCCUCGCAAGAAAAGGGAAAAGUUGACAGCUGUGCAAUAGGCCUAGACAGGAUGCUGGGCUCAAUGGGUCUUUGGCCUGAUCCUGCAGCCACAAAAAUAAAUCCUUUUGUGUCAUCGCAUGAUGUAGCAGGGCUAACUGCACUUGGGCUGUUCCCUGGUCUGGGCAUGACUACAUAACAGGAUUGGGGAGAAUUUUGUUUGGCCCGCUUUCGCGAUGCUUGCCUGUGCCAUUCUCACCUCUCCUCCUGAUUCUAGGCUAUCUGACAGCAAUAAGGAGAAUUCCUUCCGCAGCUAUGGAUCCCCCAAGAGCUCCGUCAGGACAGAGGAGCAGCGGCCAAGCACAGGGUCUGAGGCGGUAACCAGGAGCGGCAGCAGCAGGAGAGCAGAUGGGCCGCGCCACGCUUUUGACUACGUGGAGCUGUCGCCCUUGCAGCAGGGGCCCGCGGGCCACGGAUCUCCGCAAUGGACAAGAGGGAGCGCGAGAGCCACGGAGGGCGUGGCCAAGCGCGAGGAGCUGGAGAGGGACCUGGCUCUCCGCUCCGAGGAAAGGCGGAAGUGGUUUGAGUCUCCGGCCACUGGGGUCCUGCAGACAGAUGGCCUGGCAGGGGACGUCUGCCCUAAAGCAGGAGGCCACGAGGCUCCGGGGGGCCCCCUCUCCGAAGCCCAGAGGACUCGGCUGAGCGAAGAGAUAGAGAAGAAGUGGCAGGAGCUGGAGCGCUUGCCCCUGAAGGAAUCCAAGCGGGUGCCCCUGAUGGCACUGCUGAACCAGGGCAAAGGAGCCCACGAGGGUGCAAACGAGGCGCUGGAGAAAGAGGUACGGUUAGUCAUGGCGUGGCCUUAAUCAUUUUCAAGAAGAGAGUGCUGUUUCCUUUUUUUUGCAGGCUUGUUUCAUAUUUUGUGUCAGUCUUAGAAAUUCAGGUAUGUAAGCUAAUCGCCCAAUGGCACCUUAAACCUUGGUUUGUCUUGGUGCCUUUUUCUUUUUUUUGCAAUGAGAUUUUAUUUAUUUAUUUAUUUUAAUUGAUUUAUUUGAUUCUACGAAUAUAAAUUUAUAACAAUACCAAAUGCAUAUCCCUAUAAAGAGAUUUCUCUGAAUAAUAAUAAUAAUAAUAAUAAUAAUAAUAAUAAUAAUAAUUUAUUAUUUGUACCCCGCCCAUCUGGCUGGGUUUCCCCAGCUACUCUGGGCGGCUUCCAGCAAAGAUUGAAAAUACAUUAAAAUGUCACAUAUUUAAAAACUUCCCUAAGCAGGGCUGCCUUCAGAUGUCUUCUAAAUGUCAGGUGGUUGUUUAUCUCUUUGACAUCUGAUGGGAGGGUGUUCCACAGGGCGGGCGCCACUACCGAGAAGGCCCUCUGCCUCGUUUCCUGUAGACUUACUCCCCAUCCCCUCCGUGGGUCCUAUUGUCAACAUUUUCAACUGCAUAUUAUUUCAUAAUCUAUAUUUUGUAUCUAUCCAUAGUGUUUGUUACAUUACAAGUGAGAUUAAAAUCCUGCUAAUGUUUUAAUCUGCUUACAGUGGUCUCAUAAAAUGAGAUUUUUUUAAAAUUACUGCUGGUAUUAUUAUUAAUUUCAUUUCUAUAUCGCUUUAUAUUUUAAAGGGCGGGUAAUCUCAAAAUGGUUUACAACACAUUAAAACAUCAAAUAAAACAAUCCAGAAUAAAACAAAUUCAAGCUCCGGGAAAAUAUUUCAGAUCCUUCUCUAAAUGACAUGUGGCUUUUCCCCAUGUUAAUUUUCCUACUUAUUUUAUAUAGCUGCUCCAUAGCAGAAGUACUCUAGGAAGCCAGGGUAGUGUAGUGUUUAAUAAGACCUGGGAGAUCAGGGUUCAAUUCCCCACUCAGUUAUGAAGCUAACUAGGUGACCUUGGGCAACUCACAGCCUCUUAACAGGGGUGUCCAGACUUUUCUCAAAGAGGGCCAGAUUUGAUGAAGUGAACAUGUGUGAGGGCCGACCGAAGUUUUUGAGCUUUUUUUAGGAUAUAAACUGCCCCAGGGGCCGGAUUAAACCAACCGGCGGGCCGGAUUAGGCCCCCAAAGUGGACUUUGGACAUGCCUGUUGUAGGGAUUAACUGAGGAACAGGGUGAACCAUGUAUUCCUUGGAGAAAAAGGUGGGAUUUAAAUGCAGUAAAUUAGCUCUUCUGUUUGCCUGCUUAGGAAAGCUGGAGAGACCAGCCAGAUGUCAGUUGCCAACCCAGCAUCCAGAGAUCUCCACACAGUUGCAGUUGGACCCUCGCCAGUCGCAAAAAGCUAAUUUCUAACCCUGCUCUGGGUGCCUCGGCCUCUCUCUGUUCUGAGUGUAUAUUGCCUUGUUGCAAAGAGCAGUGGUGGCUGGUGUCCCUUGAGAUUGGUAGGGUGGCAGGCAAGGAGACAGGCAGUAGGGGGCGCCAAAGCCAAUGACAGGCAGAGCCCACUGAUUCCAGCUUUAUCCUCCCUCCUCCUCCCUGUUAGGUCCUGCAAGGAGCACUGUGGAGACUAAGGAGAAGGGCAAAGCUGCCAGGCAGUGCCCACCCCUUAAACUGGCAAGAUGGCAGGCAGGUGGGGGCUGGAUAAGGGCAGACAGAGGUUAGUGCAGCAUGUUGAUUUGAAGAAAUCCUUCAGUAUGGUUAGACCUCAUUUUUUUUCCUACACAGGUCCAGGUUCUGAGGUCACAGCUGGAGUCCUUGCGUGCCCACAGUGAAGCAAAACCUCACCGAGAUGGGCACGCACCCCGAGGCUACAUCUCUCAGGUAACAAAAUAGCCUAGUGUGGUGAUCUGAAUCUGCCAGCUUUUCAUUUUCUCUCCUCCCCACCAAGCUCAUGCCAUAAGGGCGGGGAAGCAAGGACUGGGGGGGGGUGCGGAGUCAACCUCAUUUGCUUGCACUUAAUAUAGCUUAUUGCUGCCAUAGCAACCACAAUCAGACCCAUCUGUAAUCAAUGCUAAUUAUUUAUAACUGUUGUAUGCAAAGACCUCCCUGCCUAAUGCAUGGCCAGGGCAGUCUGCUUUAGGAAAGAUCAGAAGAGAGCCUGAUCCUGGCCUGUCCUUAUGCGUCACCUUUGUUGGUCUAUUUAUGCACCAAAAAUAAGCAAAGCGUAGGUCUGGAGGGAAGAGCGGCAAGUUUAGCUAACACUGAAAGUAUUUAUUGCACUCUUGGCCCCUGAAGCGAGUUGCCAUAUGAUUGCAGCCAUCUGCUGUGUUCUGUGUCGUGCAAAUCAAACUCUAGAAACAAGUGUAAAAUACUUAUAUUUGCACACUACAUUUUAAAAAUUGUUGGUACAUAAAUUAAAGCCGUGGGAAGAAAUAUUGAGAACUGGUUUGCAGUCUUCAUGUAAUGAACCGUAAGCCCUAUAAAGGCUCAGUUUUGCCCCGCUUUUGUGUUUUUAAUACAUUUCUUUCCAUUUGCGAUGUGGUUUUUAUAAACAAACGGUCAUACAACUCCAUCUAGUAUAGAGUGUCUGUGGUGGGGGGUCUUUACCAUUCUUUUGCGAUCAUUUGCUCUUCGGAUGCCCCCAUGUGGCAACCCAAGAUAUAAGCAUGAGAGGGAAAGGCACUUCUGAAUAUUUCCAUUUCACCGUGUGUGUGUGUGUGUGUGUGUGUGUGUGUGUGUUUUCAAAACAUGCAACUAGCUCUGGCCGGAGUGGAGAACCUUAUUGCCCUCCAGAUGCCACUGAACUAUAACUCCCAUCAUCCCUGAUCCUUGGCCAUGAUGGCUUGGGCUGAAGGGACAUGGAGCAUGACAUCAUUUGCAGGGCUGCAAGUUCCCCAUCCCUGAACAAUGGGGAGAACUGUAGGAUGACAUCAUGAUGACUACAGCUGCUGCUGCUGCUACUUAUAGGAAAAAGUUGGGUAUACAUAGCCACUGAGCCAGCUGUCUUUUAAGCACCUGAAAUGUCUCUUGAAUCGGGGUCCAUGGCUUGGUUUGCCAAGCUCAGCCUUUGUUCACCCUAGAUUUUCCCCCACUUAAGUCUCGCAGUCAGGCUGCCUGCAGCAUUUCAUUCUCUCCUCCUCUCCUCUCGCCCCCGCCCCCCCCCAACUCCUGAUCUCCCUGGCAGGAGGCAUGUGAGCGCAGUUUAGCAGAGAUGGAGACUUCCCAUCAACAGGUUAUGACGGAACUGCAGCGGCAUCACCAGCAGGAGAUGGAGCGGUUGCGGCAAGAGAAGGAGCGGCUUCUGUCUGAGGAGGCAGCUGCUACAGCGGCAGGUAGGAGCUACUGUGUGUUCUUGGGUUGCUGGAUGUGCACCUUGGCCUAGCUAAGAUAUGGUCAUUAGAGCGGUCCCUUCGGUCUCCUAACAAUUCCUGGCAGCUUUAACAGACUACAGCUCCCAGGAUUCUUUGGGAGAAACCGUGACUGUUUCAAGUGGCAUGAUACUGCUUUAAAUGUGUAGUGCAGACGGACCCUUGUUGUUGUUGUUGUUGUUUAGUCGUUUCGUAGUGUCCGACUCUUCGUGACCCCAUGGACAAGAGCACGCCAGGCACUCCUGUCUUCCACUGCCUCCCGCAGUUUGGUCAAACUCAUGCUGGUAGCUUCGAGAACACUGUCCAACCAUCUCGUCCUCUGACGUCCCCUUCUCCUUGCGCCCUCCAUCUUUCCCAACAUCAGGGUCUUUUCCAGGGAGUCUUCUCUUCUCAUGAAGUGGCCAAAGUAUUGGAGUCUCAGCUUCAGGAUCUGUCCUUCCAUUUCCUGCCCUAGCAUUGGGGAAAUCCAGUUCUAAAUCCCUGCUUGGAUAUGAAGCCCAUUGGAUGAGUUUGGGCCAGCCAACCACCCUCAAUCUAACCUACUGCACAGCAUAGUAGAAUGCAGGCUGGGGGAUGACUGUCUUUUCCGUCUUUUAAAGCUCCUUAGAAAGGUGGGACAUAAUUUGAUAUCACCAGGGCACAUGCCAUGUCUAUAUACAUAUGUGUAUGUGCGUUUAUGCAUAUUGUACAGACAUCUUCAAGCAUCUUCUCUGACACAUGGAAUAGGAUAAUGGGUGUUUUGUGUACAUAUGAGGCAUACUUCUACUGAGACAGACCAUUGGUCUAUCUAACCCACUGUUGUCUAUUUUGACUGGCAGAAUCUCUCCAGGUUCUUGCACAAAGGAUCUUCCUUGUUGCCUGCUGCCUGCUCAGUUGCUACUGUUGUUUAAACUGGCGAGAUGGCAGAGAUUGAAUUUAAAGCUUGUGCUGUGUCCCCACUGAGCCCUGUCCCUUCCCCAAGAAGGCUUGGCUUCUCCCAUUUAGCUAGGAAGCAUUAAAAUGCAUUGUAGUUUCUACUUCAGCACAUCUCGCGUGUCUUCCCCGGCUUGUUUUCUUUUGCCCAUUUUUCCAAUUUCCUUUCCCUCUAGCAAUUGAAGCACUGAAGAAGGCACACAGGGAAGAGCUGAAUAAAGAACUGGGCAGGACCCGCAGCUUCCAGAAGGGUGGUUUAGACACCGACACACUCCGGCGGCAGCAUCAGUAAGUAACUGCAAUGGCUCUUCGGCAUCCAUUCUGAACUUGGAAUAGUGUCCCUUAGUUUAGAGAGGAGGGAAGGGUUGUCUAUUCCCAAGUGCAGCUUGCAACAUCGUUGGGUCUGAUGAAAAGGAGGGAUGGGGGGUGGAUUGUGGGAUCCUGAUAACUAAUCACAGAAUCAUAGAAUUGUAGAGUUGAAAGGGAGGGUCAUCUAGUCCAGUGCUGGGAUCUUUUGCCCAACUUGCAGCUCUUCGGCAUAAAUGUGGGUGGAAAUCCAGCCUGGGGUCACUUUACAUUUCAGAAUUUACAUAGAAAUAAAUCUCCAGCAAUAAUUGUCACCUCCAUGGUAGUAAACACUGUCGCAAAGUUUCAGACACUUAACAAUUUAGCAUUUUGGUUAUGUAAAUGAAAGACACCUGAAGAAGAAAAUAGUCAUGAAGACUUUUGAUGUUUACUAUUGGGGUGCUUUUUUGAUAAUAUUAAUGUAAUGGGUUGUUUUUUGGUUUUUUUAAGUCCCAUGUGGUUUUUCCAAGAAAAACCAAUCCAGGAAAAACAGAUUAGAACCCUUCAUCUGACACACCACAAAUGGUUUUAUUUUGGGACAUUUUCCCACCUUGAGGCACAUUUGAAUUUGGCUUGGGAUACAAAACUACCACCUAAAACUGUCGGUGUCUUUUCUUUUAACUACCAUAUCCCCACUAAGCAAAAAAGUGAUUCAGGGAAGUCGAUAAGAGCCCUUCUCCUAAAGCAACACAUACGGCUCGGUUUGGGACACUCUCUUAUCCCAAGAUACACUGGAAAUCAGAUUAGGUUAGGAAACUGCCCUGAAUACUGUCUCUGUCCAGCUUUUAGUGUUUCUGAGCAUGCCGCUAUCUUAAGCCAAAGUGCUGUUGUAUAAUAGAUGCUAUCCAUUUUCACUGGAUUACAAUGAUGUUGUAAUCAAUGGUCAUUUGUGCAGAGUCAUGACCAAUCCCACCUGUCAUCUAGCACCUUUGUUCUCUGGUCAAGGGGCAGCUUGUGCAGCCCACAAGGGGAACCCUGGGAUACCAGUGAUGGCAGAAGAGACCAUCAGAGACGGGGAAGUCAGCCGUGUUUGUAGAAGAGCCCUGGGAUGGGAUGACAGCUCUUGGCAACAGCAUUUUUUUUUUACCUCUGCUGCAGGUCUGACGUCGAGUCCCUGAAGAGGGAGCUGCAGGUGCUUUCAGAGCAGUAUUCCCAGAAGUGCCUGGAGAUUGGGGGCCUUGUGCAGAAGGCAGAAGAGCAGGAGCUUAUGCUGCAGCACUGCCAACAGGAGGGAAAGGAGUUGCUGCGGCAAAACCAGGCGAGUGGCUUUCUGCGUAGACAGGAGUGGAGGACCUUUGGACCGCCAGAUGUUGCUGAACUACAACUUCCAUCAGACCUAGCAGUUGCUGGGGAUGAUGGGAAUUAUUGCUCAGCAACAUUGGAAAGGCCGAAGGUUUCCCACACCUGAUCCAAGGGUGGGAAUUGGGAAGAAGAAAGUUGGUGUGGAAGAGAAUAUCUUCUUCAUCUUCAUCAUUAUUUACCUUCACCCCGAGAAGCGAAGUUACAGGGAACCAGGCAGAGGGCCUUCUCAGUAGUGGCACCCGCCCUGUGGAACGCCCUCCCACCAGAUGUCAAGGAAAUAAACAACUAUCUGACUUUUAGAAGACAUCUGAAGACAGUCCUGUUUAGGGAAUUUUAUUAAUGUCUGAUGUUUUACUGUAUUUUAAAUAUUUUGUUGGAAGCUGCCCAGAGUGGUUGGGAAAACCCAGCCAGAUGGGUGGGGUAUAAAUGAUAAAUUAUAAUAACGAUGGUGAUUUCCAUUAAUUUCAUUACUGUAUUUUCAUUAAUUGCAUUUAUUAAUUGCUUUAUAUGAAAAGGUAUCAAAGCAACUGCACAAUAUAAAAUAUAAACAGAUAAAAUCAAUUAAUUAAAAGCCAAAAGAAAAAAGUCCUAAAAUGGGCAUCCAGCAACACGAGGAAGACCGUCACCACACAAAAAUAUGAGUGCUGCAGUAGAAGCUAACUUCAUUCCCAAAGGCCUGGGAUGAUGAUGAUAAAUUUUUUUUGCUUCAAAUAAAAUAUAAAGACACAAUAAAACAUCAAACAUUAAAUAAUUUCUCUAUACAAAAAUAACUAACCAACCCCUUAGUCUGGCACCUAAAAACUGACAAUGAUAGUACUAGGCAAGUUUCCCUGGGGAGAGUGUUCCACAAAUAUUGGUGGGAAGACCACCAAAAAGGCACAAUUUUUUGUGGCCAUUCUCUGCCCUUCCCUUAGAUGAGACACACGGAAAAGGGCCUCUGAUGACUAUCCACAGGAUCUGGGCUCAUUCAUGUGGGGAGGGGCAGUCCUUGAGGUUUUAGGGUCCUAAGGCUUUAUAGGUCAAAACCAGCACUUUGGGUGGAGACCAGAAACGAAUUAGUAGCCAUGAUAGUCAGGCUUACAGCGAUGACCUAAAAUUCCUAUUGAGCUGCUGGUGGUGGUUCAUGCUACUGACUGGUGUUGGCAACAGCUGUGAUUAUGAUGAUGGCCAAUUCAUAGGAUUCUUGUGCAGGGGGCAUAUUUUAAAGCUGGAGGCAUUUAGGAUUUGACCAUUUCCAUUGAGGAUCCCUGGAAAGACAGGCUUUGUAAGAUGCCAAGUAUCUGCCUGUUUAAGAGCAACAGAUAAAUGAAGCCUGACUCUUCCGCUCCUUGUCCCCAGGAGUUACAGAGGCGCCUAUCGGAGGAAAUUGGGCAACUACGAGCAUUCAUUGCAGCCCAAGGCUCACGUGAUGGUGCUUCACACAACAACGAGAGGAACUCUUGUGAGCUGGAGGUAAGGACUCUUGUUUCUUUUUAUAACCUGGUUCAAUGCCCAUUGUGCGCCAAGUGUCUCAGAUAUGAAAUGCUGCUUAUAUCUGAGAGCUUGCUGCUUUCAAAGUUUCAGGAGAAGAGUAAUCAGUUUGGAAAGGAGUAGAUAUCAAAGGCUGGAAAGGGGAAACGUUUGUGCAGUUGCCUGUGAGAACUGUGCUUGGAAUGGUUGUAAAGCAGAUAAAACACAGAGUACAGCAACUAAGGAGAGUGAUUUUGAUAUGGAGGACAGUGGAUAUUGUCUGACUUUGUGUGAGUGACCCUUGGCUUUGGGCUUCCUGAGUAAUCUUAGGACAGCCCAGUCCGUAAAAAGAUGGCGGUUGUGAGCACUGUAAAGACGGUGAAGCUUUUCAUACUCAAGCAAUGUCAUGAUGAAGUAGCAAAGAGUUAUAUAUUUUAUUUAUAAAAACAUUUAUAUACUACAUCAUUAAAAAAAUCAAAGCAGUUUGCAAUAGGAAAGCUGCCAUAGGCUGUGAAGUAGUUAUUUGAAGAAGCUUGUGAUGAGGCCCAGUUGUUGUUGCUCAAGGUGGAUGACUUGCUGAAUGUAGCUGCACUCUUAGACGACCACUUGGCCCAUUCGUGAAAAUGUGUGUGUGUGUUCUGAUCUUCUGCUUCGUACCAGAAGCCAUUUUGCAAAUAUGCUAUAUGGGACACUUGAGCAACCUAGCUAUUGUUGCUUAUUCUCCCAAGGGGAUUAGGAAACCUAUUUUACCUGUGCCCUCAGCAAGUUUUCAACCCAUUUCCUUACCUCUCCCCUUCUGCUCUUCUCUGCAGGUGCUGCUGCGAGUGAAGGAGAACGAACUUCUGUACCUGAAGCAAGAAAUCCGGUGUCUUAGGGACGAACUCCAAAUGAUGCAAAAGGUAGAUUCCUGGGAGCAAGUCAGGUUCACUUGUCAGCCGGGAAAAGGCAGAGCCCCUCCUUUGCUCAAGUCCUGCAGGAAGGGACAGAGUUAGUUGUACUCUGUAUGCUGACUUCUCUGUGGUGUUGUUUGGUACCCUGAUGCUGCUGUCACUGUGCGAUUCCCACCUGCAACAUCAAUCUGCUUUGUAGAGCAUCUGCUUUCAUGCAGAAAGUUCCAGGUUCAAUUCUUGGCAUCUCCAAGGAGGGCUGGAAGAGUCCCAUCUGAAAUCUUGGAGAUCCACUGCCACUCAGUACAGACAGUACUAAGCUAGAUGGUCUGGCUCUUAAGGCAGCUUCUUAAGUUAGGUCAGAAUAAGUCUCCCCUGGACUCAUUUCCUUGCUUCCAUCCUUUCUGGACCAUCGAGGGCCAGAGGAAGCUGAAGGCAUAGACUUUGGGAAAAUGGGAAAGAACAGCAGCUCUUCAGAAGAAUGGCCCUGCUGGACCAGACAACGGCCCAUCUUCUCACAGUGGUUAACCAGAUGGUAGGCAGGGCUAGAGGCACAAAGUAGGUAGAGCAAUGGAGGAGAUUCUCAACUUUGAACAGUAGGCUGUGUUCCUGCCAUGUAUGUGUCAGAGGUUUAUACAGAAAGAAACACAUGCUUACAUCCUGGCAAGCAAAAAGCAUGAUCACAUUUCAAGGACACGUUCCAGCCAGGCCAAAAGCAUUUGAAUGCAGAGCUGGGCCAAGAGCAUUUGAGUGGAUGGUGUUUUCUGGGGAAAGUAUUGAGGGCCACAUUUGGUCCUCAGGUCUGAGAUCCCCUUCCCGUUCCAAAUCUUCUACUUCCGUUUAUCAGCUAAUGAAACUGUUGGAGAGGACAGCACAGACAGAUGUUGUUGAACUCCAUCUCCCAUCAUCCCUGUUGGUUAGCCUUGCUAGCUGGGGGCUGGAGUCUGAACAACAUCUGGUUCCACAUCCCUGGUGUGUAGACUGCAGGAGAUCCUGGAGAAUAGGAUUUGAACCGAGUCUCACUCUGGGUUGGAUACCAAUUAUCAGCAUGUGGAUUUGCCCUACAGGAUAAGAGGUUUGCCUCAGGGAAAUACCAGGAUGUCUACAUGGAGCUGAACCACAUCAAACAGCGGUCAGAGCGAGAGAUUGAGCAGCUGAAGGAGCAUCUGCGCCUGGCCAUGGCAGCCCUGCAAGAGAAGGAGAUGCUUCACAACAGUAUCGGCAAGUAGACGAGAGCAGCUAUCAGGCCUGACAAGGGAACAUCGGGUGGAGCUAUGAGCGAGCAAGGAUGCAGAGGCAGGGACAGGAUUUGAGAGGCCACAUUUGCUUCCAGCCCGGGGGAUGCCACUUAUAUUGGACAUGGUGUCUCUGCCUUCUGCUUGCCAAUGAUCAAAACUAGUCUUACCAUAAAACAAUGUGAAGCUGUUCCUUCAAGAAGAGUGUUCUAGGAGGGUGCUAUUUUCUUGCCUUCAUUCUCGUGUGUGUAAGUAAGUGUAGCUGUAUCAUGUGGCAGCACACAUGCUAGAGGUGAGUAGGGUGGUUCAUAUCCAAAAAUGGAUGGGGCCAUUCCUUUUUGCUCUCCCCCUUUUCCAUGUUGCCCAACAGGCUCCAGGGGAAGGGACAAAUUGCACUAGCCACAGGUCUGAAUUGCCAACUUUCAUUGUAUUUUUUAAGCUAGGCCUAGAGCAGCAGGCUGCCCUCCCUGCAUAAGCGCAGAAUGGGCCUGCAGAAUUCUUCGGGUGACCCAGGUAUCCAAAAAUACCAACAUUAAGAUGUGAACACUUCCUUUGUUCUCAGCAGGAAGAGUAGCACAAUGUUUUCCCCUCUCUAGCUUUCCUUUGGACUCCAACUGCUAUCAGCCUCAGCCAACAUGCAUGGAUGAUGGGAGCUGUAUUCCACAGUGCUAUCUGUGCUCUACAGGAUCUACCAUAUUGGCCCGAAUAUAAGCCGCACUUUCCACCUAAAUCCGAUUGUGAAAAGUUAAAGUGAGGCUUAUAAUCAUGACCUUACGGUAUCGCUGCUAAAACAACUGCCCACGUGGGUCAUGGGGGGUGGGGGACAAAGGCGUGCAGCGCACUCAGAAGUGAGCGCUGGCCACCCCACCCCCCAAUUCAUGGCGGUAGAGCCAGAAGGCAGGCCGCACCUGCAAAUAAGCCUUGAAUUUUAAAGGUGUGGCUUAUUUGCAGGUGCGUCUUGUAUUCAGGCCAAUACGGUAAAUAUCCUGUGCUUCCUUAAAAUGAUUCUGGGUCUAAAACAAGUUUAUAAACAAGAACUGUUAAACCUGUGGUAUGAUGACUGCCAUCUCCUAUGCACAUUUUGGUAUGUUUCAGGUGUAAGUCAGUUUCGCUAACUUUGUCUGUUUGCUCCAUAGGUUAGUCAGCUUUGUGUACUUUGCUUUGGAGGACAAAGCUGUAUCCUAGCAACCAGCAUCCCUCUCCAGGAAAUGGACCAAGCCUCCAUCAGACUAUCCAUCACGUGCACCUACAUAACUUGGCGUGUUUGGGGCUGGAUCCUACUACUUGCACCUUCUUUGGGAUUUUAUACAUGAAAAUAUAUUUUAUAUGGGGGUGGGGUGUUAUAUUUUAAAAUCCUGUAUUACGUUUUUAACCAGCAGUUGACAAGAGAAGUGAGCCAGAGAUUCUCCCCAGCCUCCUUUUAGUCAUAACAGAAUCCUUGUUCCACGUCCUUGAAUAUAUCUGAAACCACACAUGACCUCUUGCUUCCAAUUCUCUUCCAAGCAAAGAGACACAAUUUACACAUGUUCCAAGUUUAUGGCAAGUCUCCUUGGACGGACAGUGUUGAUCCACAGUGAUCCAUGUUUUGAGAUGCACUGUGCCAGGAGGAGGAGGAUGUUCUUCAGAUGAAACUGGUUUUGUUCCGAGAAUAUGGGUUAGUUUGUUUUUUGUUUGGGACCAGCCGUUUGUUUUCACGUACUAAAAGCAAAGGCAGUUGUUUCCCCCCUUAUGCCGAUGAAACGUCUAUGCAUCCUACUGCAAAGUCAGCACCGGCCACAUUCCAGAAGCUAGUCUUCCACCUGUGUGUUCCUGUGGGGAGGGGUGUCACUGCUAAUGUCGCCAGAGCCAAAUGAUGAAGGUGGCUGAAUUUUCUUUCUUUCUGCACAAUUAUAAACUAACUUAAUAAAAAUCCUCAAAUACCAAAAA